AUGAUUCCUACUCGGGCACUUCUGGCACGCUCCGUAUGGAAAGGACCCAAUAUCGUACCUCUACACAUCCAAAAAGUAGCACCCGGCCAGAAGAUCCCACCGAUCAGGACGCAGGCACGAUCUGCGACUAUUCUUCCAAACUUCGUGGGACUAGUGUUCCAAGUUCACAACGGAAAGAAAUACGACGAUGUGGUGAUAACCGAGGACAUGGUUGGACAUAAGCUCGGGGAAUUCUCAGCACGCACCGACAGCACAUGGGAUUGCGUUAUGGGAGCGACCACUGGGCGAUCUGUACGAGAAUGGGUGUUUCACACAGAGACUUUUCGGGCACGAAUAUCUUGA